AUGGCCUGGAAACGAACCCCCGAAAACGCCGCCGCGUGGGUCACAAAGGUUGAGCCCAUGAUCAAGGCACCGCCCUUUCCCCCGACUCCAAACCCCCUUCCGAGUCACCGCGAAAGCGCCGGAAGCCGGCUCGCGUCAUCAAAGGCGAGUCGCCCUCGGGAGACACGGUCGAGGGCCCGUCAGACUGGGAAGAGAUGUACGAGCUUGUUCGUCAGAUGCGUCUCCUGCGGGUCCCCGCGCGUGACGCCGCCGUCGACACCAUGGGGCUGCGAGCGCCUCUUCUCGCCAACGGCCAGCGACCGCGACCGCCGCUUCCAGAUCCUCAUCUCCCUGAUGAUGUCGAGCCAGACAAAAGACACCGUCAAUGCGGUGGCCAUGGGCCGACUGCACGAUGAGUUGCCACCCCAUGAAGCGGGCGCGCCACCAGGGUUGAACCUCGAGAACAUAUUGGCCGUCGAGCCUGCGAAGCUCAACGAGCUCAUCAGAGUCCAGGAAGCGCUCCUCCUCCGCGACAACUUCGACGCCGACAUUCCUCCGACCAUCGACGGCCUCACCUCGCUCCCCGGGGUCGGCCCCAAGAUGGCCCACCUCUGCCUCUCCGCCGCCUGGGGCCGCACCGAGGGCAUCGGCGUCGACGUCCACGUGCACCGCAUCACCAAUAUGUGGGGGGUGGCACAAAGACAGCGAGCCCCGAGGCCUCGCGCCUCGCCCCUCGAGGCCUGGCUACCCCGCGACCGCUGGCACGAGAUCAACACGCUGCUCGUCGGCCUUCGGCCAGAACCGGGUGCCCGGCCACAGGCCGGCAGGCGGCGGUUGCGGGCGAGUGCGACCUUUGGGCUGGCGCGGCCUGGUGCCGGGGCAGAGAGGCCUGGUUUCUUGACCGGCUUUGCCAAUGGCGGCCCGGAUGGGCGGGGGUCAGCGAGUGUUGUCGCCAUGUCGUCCGUCAUGCGAUGA